CUUUAGGCCUUCAGCCCAAUAAUAAUCCCAUCGGACGAUGGAAAGGCCCACAGACUAGAUACCUCGGACUACACAGUCUGUCACUAACUCUCUAUACCUUCCUUCCGUUUCACGAAGAAUCAAUUGCUUCAUCCAUCCCAUUUUAACUAUGAUUUUCCGUGUUUAACUUUAAUCGUCCAUCUUAUUUAAAACUUUUUUUUAAAAGAAUGGUCUAUUUCUGUCAUCUCCUUUACCGAAAGCAGAAUAUAUGGACAGGCUCCGAAAGAUUAAUUAAUUUCAGUAUAAAUGUCAAUGUCGUCAGCUCCCAACAAAGAUUAAUUCCAGUAUAAAUACCCAUACCAUGCAUAGGUAGCUAACUAGCAAGCUGGUAUCAUCUUCUUCUACUUCCUACUUCUUCUUAUUGUGGGUUGUGGCAUAUAUAUAAUAUCCCAGUGAACAGUGAAGGAUGGAGGAGGAGUGGUGUUGUGUGGCGCCGGGAUUCAGGUUCCACCCGACGGAGGAGGAACUGGUUGGUUACUACCUGGCACGGAAGGUGGUCGGGCAGCAGGACGACGGGAUCAUCCAGGAGGUGGAUCUUAACAGCAUCGAGCCAUGGGACCUGCUGCAAGCUCAGCAGCAUGAUCAGGAGUACUACUGCUACUUCUUCAGCUACAAGGACCGCAAGUACCCCAGCGCGCGAGGGACGGGGACGCGGACCAACCGCGCCACGGCGGCGGGCUUCUGGAAGGCCACGGGCCGUGACAAGCCGGUGCUCUCCUCCUCUCGAUCAUCAUCGUCGCCGGCGGUGAUCGGCAUGAGGAAGACGCUCGUCUUCUACCGCGGCCGCGCGCCCAACGGCUGCAAGACCGACUGGAUCAUCCACGAGUACCGCCUCGUCGCCCACCAUCAGCAGCCGGACGGCAGCUGCUGGGUGGUGUGCCGCGCGUUUCACAAGCCCACCACCACCACCCUGCAGCAUCAGCUUCACCUGCACAGGCCGGCUCCUCUACUUCAUCAUCCCGGCUACUACGACGACCAAUAUUUAUAUCCUCCUCCUGCUGCUGCUGCUGGUGGCGGCGGCUUGCUCUGCUCCCCUGCCUUGGACAUGGAGUUGGAGGACGAGGAGGAUGAAUCCAAGAUGAUGAUCUUAAGCAAUGAUAAUAUUCCGCUGGUGGUGAGUCCGACUGCCGUACACACACAAGGCACCGGCGGCGACAUUAUUAACGACGCUACUACCGCGCCUGCUGCUGCUGCUGCUGCUGAUCAUCGUCGACACCUUGCUCCACCACCACCACUUCACUUGUUAGCUAAUUCAGUCGAUUAAUUAUAUUAAUGAGAAAUUUACUAGUAAUCGGAUCAUCAUGCAUCCAUCAUGCGUGAAUGACUACCACGUAUUAAUUCGAAUCCAUACUCUGUAUCAUCGUAUAUAGUAGUAUUUAUAGACACCGUACGUUAAUUAAUUACUGCUGGCCGUCGACCUGCUACCUAUACUAUAUAUUAGCACAAAAUGUUAUCAGUGCAAAUAUGUGCAUGUAG